GCCGCACGGAGGCAACCUAUGAUCGCAGACUCAACACGCAUCCUCACGCCACUGACCUGGGCUCAGCUGUGUCCUGCAUGUGUGUGCAUGUGUGUGCGUGCGUGCGUUGAGCGGGAGCGUGAGUGAUCCCCACAAACCAGCAGCAGGAUGGAGGAUCUCAAGGAGAACCUGGGAACUUUGGAUUGACGCCCGGGGAUAACGCGCCUGGUCGCCCCGAAUGUCUUCGGGUUUCUCGUGGAUUUAAAUAUUUGGAUGUUGUCUGUUUCCCCCUUUUCCCCUUUUCAUCUAGGCGGUGGGAAUUUACACUUGGCUUACAACUCAUAUUUGUGGCGUGCGCAAUGCCGUUCGCCAAACGGAUCGCGGAGCCGCAGCUCCUGUGCAGGCACCAGAUCCCCAACGACGAAGGUCUGCUUUUCGAGGACCUGUGUGCCAUCAGUAACGUGGUUCUGUCCCGGACCUUGCGACAGCUGUCCGACCUGGCCCGGCACGCCUGCUCCUUGUUUCAGGAGCUGGAGAACGACAUCAUCAGCACCAACCAGCGGGUCUGGGUCCUCCAGAACAAAAUAGGCCAGAUACAGCAGACUGCCGGAGCCCUAGACCCGAAAAAGGAGGCAGUGCCCGUAUCAAACCUGGAUAUAGAGAGCAAGCUGUCGCUUCACUAUCAGGCUCCAUGGCACCAGCAGCACAACGUGUUUCAUCCUUGUACCCGACCACCGUGUCUGGAGGAGCUGCACAGAAGCGCUCAGCUGAGCCUCAGAGCCCUGCACCGAGACGGACAACAGCACCACCGCUCCACGAGUCGGGAGAGAAGCAGGGUGACCAUCUCCAUCUCAGUGGCCCCCCCUAUGCCCACCUUCCCCUCGCCACACAGCAUCCGCCGGCAGCAGAGGAGUCGCCUGGCGCGAGCGCAAGAGAGAGCAGAGAGGGAGAGAGAGUUAGACUAUCAGCCCAGGAAGGAGAGGCACGUGAGAGAAAUGGAGAUUCAGACCUUACAGAGAAAAGAGAGGCCUGGGAGAGAGGCAGAUAUAAAGACUAUCCAAAGAAAGACCGUUCCGACGGGGGAAGGUGAAAAUGGUGAGGUGGUAGGAGGCCACAGAGCCAAGGCCUCAGCUUCCAUUGCCCCCUCGACCCAGGACAAGCAGACUAACUGGUCCAAGGAAAACCUCCCCCCAUCGAAUCAGAAGUCAACCAGCGAUUCUAACUCCAUCUCCUCCUGCAUUAUCCCCAUCAACGUCACAGGAGUUGGGUUUGACAGGGAAGCAAGUGCUCGUUGCUCUCUAGUCCAUUCCCAGUCGGUUCUUCAAAGGAGAAGGAAGCUGAGGAGGAGGAAGACUAUCACAGGGAUACCCAAAAGAGUACAACAGGACAUGGAUUCAGAUGAAUCACCCGUAGCAAGAGAGCGCACAGUGAUUGUCCAUGCCAACCCACACCAGCUCUCUCUCUGUCAGGAAGACCUCUUAAUCAGUGGUCAUCUCCAUCACACUCGUGACUCUGGCUGCCAAACAGAUGAUUUCCUUAUAGCAUGUACAGCUGCUCCCUCUAGAAGGCGCAUCAGAGCCCAGCGUGGCCAUCAGGGGAUCCCCGCCUCCCUCUCCCAUUCAACGGGCAACAUUUCUUCCCUGGGUGACCAGUUAGAUUCCACGUACAACAGUGCUGCAGCCCACUGCGGACGCUUGCGCUCUCGAAGCCUUCCUAGAGAGGGGGGACGUCUGAUGGACAGCGAUGAGGACGACGAUGACAACUACGAUGAUGACGACGAAGACGAGGACAUGUCACCAUAUGAAGCAGAAGACUUUAUUCCACCUGGCCCAAGUCCGAGAAUGAAGAUGAUGAUGAUGAAGGAUGAAGAAGAGAGCACAGAUGACCAGGCAGCUCCCGAGCCACUGCAACUUGGAAGUCUAAAGAGGUUGCAGCGGUCUGGGGAGAGAGACAGAGGGUGUGGAGGAGGGAGCCCAGAGCACAGCUGGAUGGAGAGGGGCCGUUCUCGCUUACCGCGUAAGGCUGACAUGGGCAGCUGCGAGAUUUCGUCAAGUUCAGAUACUUUCAGCAGUCCCAUUCACUCGGUGUCCACAACAGGAGCCUUAGGCAGCCAUGUGGACCACAAGGAGGACCACCAGUCGUCAAGCGGAAACUGGAGUGGUUCCAGCUCCACCUGCCCCUCGCAGACAUCUGAAACCAUCCCCCCACCUUCUUCUCCACCACUUACAGGCUCAUCCCACUGCGACUCAGAGCUAUCGCUCAACACUGUGCCCAACGCCAUUGAUGAAGGAUUCUCCCUGGAUACCUCAUACCACUCAGACCUCAGACCCCAGGGCCAGGGCCACAGGUCAAGCUCGUUCACAUCGUCAGUCACAGACCAACUGGACGAUGCAGGGGUUAGCACAGCCAGUGAAGGGGAGUGGACAUACCCUGCAGACCAGGACCAGAUUGAUCCAGACCAAGACCCCGACCAAACCCAGAAUAUGAGCCGGAGACACGGGUUAGCGCAAGAGUACAGCUCCAAACAAGGCCUACAAGACCAAACCUGUUUUAGUGACAAAACCAGCAACACCGAAAAACAGCCUGUCUCUCACUACCCUUCUGAUACAGAGGGUUUCUACUCCUCUUCUCUGAAUUAUGGGGAGUGUAGUCAGAGUUACAGAGGAUACAUGUACAACUAUGCAGACCCAGGGCCGGACUGUGGCCAAUCCAACACUGUGGCAGCACCACAAUUCAAUGGAGUUUAUCCCCAGCCCUUAACUGUCUUCAGAGCUGGUGCUAUGACUCUGGGGAGGACAUGUCGUCCACUGAGAAAACAAAAAGUCAAACCUCCCCCACCUAAACGGACCUCCUCGCUGAAGGAUGCCUGCAGCGGUAUUGAUGUUGGAACAGACACACACGCAGAUCUGGAUCCACCAAAGAUGGUUAGUGAACAAGACCGUACCUUGUCUUCCACAGAUAUGAAGCUGGAACUAGAGCUUGAGCUUGGAGGUGCUCCAGAACCGUUACAGACAUCUUGUUUGGUGGCAGAGCCGAUGGGAACUUGGAGCAGGGGACUCAGUGAAACUGUAGACAUAGUAGAGCCCAUGUCCUUCAGCUCAGCGGAUACACACUCAUUUAAGGAUGAAGGUGCUGUGCAAUCUGACUAUGCAGACCUGUGGCUUCACAACACUGAGCUAAAGUCCAACAAUGGUGAGUACACAACCAUGUCCAACUCAAGCACAGCCACAGGCACUACUGUCAUGGACUGUAUCAAGUCACCAGACAGCUCGUCCUCUUCGACAGAAGCCCAAACCCAGGCACUUGCUCAGGUUCCAGAGACCAGGGCAACUAGUCCACCUCUCCCACCUGGAGAUUUCAAACUUGGGUCACCUGAGAAGCUGGCCGGCCUGGCCUCUCCAUCAAGUGGCUACUCCAGCCAAUCAGAGACUCCAACAUCAACCUUGCCCUCAUCCUCGGCAGCGUUCUUCCCAGGACCAGUGUCUCCCUCAACUGGCAAGAGAAAGCCCAAAGUGCCCGAGAGGAAGUCGUCUCUCUCUUCCCUGCAGCACUUCCCCAGGGAUGUACCUUGCAUUUCCUCUGGCUAUAAGAGAGACCCAGACUUCCCACCUCCACCGUCUCAACUUGAUCUCAAUGUUCUUCACGGUGGUUAUGUCAGAAACACGCUAUCCCACCGAACGCACCACAUGCACACGCUUCACCACAGCAAACACAGAGUUGGAAAUGUAAUAGCUACUGGAACCAAACUGUCGGUCCCCGAGUCAUCAAAUACACACCCACCGCCAAGUACACACUCUGCACUGACGAUUCCGAGCCCCAAUCUGUUGGUAAUAACUCCAUCCGCUCUUCGUUCAGUGCAGCUUCAUCCUAUUAGCAGAUCAAGAAAUAGUGCUACUAAAGCAGAGCAGGAAACUUCAAGUGGAACAGAGACUGCAACAAGACCUAAAUGUCCUCCUAGUGGUGCCACGUUGGCUCCGCCACCGAUCAACACAAGGCCUCUCCCUCCCCGCAGACCACCACCCAGACCCCCAGCACUUGACCAUAUGGCCUCGCCUGAACACACGCAACCACCUCCCCCUGGCCGCCACCCCGAUGGGCCUCCAUCCUAUGAAAGCCUGCUACUCAGAAAAGACCGGUACGGACCUGGAACCUUCUGGGCUAUGACGGCCUUCAGAACACGGAUGGAUCAAUCAUCAGAAAUUGCUUCGGACGUCUCGCCCCUGCAUCGGCCCGUGCCACGGGCUCCCCAUCCUUCGCCUGUGGAUCUACACACACAUAUCCACUCGCACACAGAAUUCAGAGGGCUCACGCACUCAGCUCAUGCACACCCUGAGUUUAGGGUUUUGGGGGAGCGCUCGUUCUCCCAGGACGAUGACGAUGAUGAUGAAGACGAUGAGGAGGAAGAGGACGAGCAGGUUAAAGAGUCCACAAGGGCUGCAUGUUCCAGAGGAGGCAUACGGUCCAACCACCCUCCGCCCCCAGCGUAUGAAUAUGCUGGAUUAUCCCACUCAGACUCAGGGCCCUGGGCUAGUCCAGUCAAAGUGCCUGGUGCUAAAAUGAGGACAUCGCAUCCUUACCUAAUCAGCGAUGCAAGGAGAGUAGGAUAUGAAGAACAGGAAGAAGAGGAGGAAGUGACAUCAGGUGCUACCAGAAGUGCCCAUCAGCAGCAGCCACUAGAGAGCAAAGAUGACUCCACCACUCCUGAUACUGAGGAUUACUUCAGUAAAGGAAUGUCUUGUGCUACAGAUUCCACUCCCAGUGAUAAUUCACUCUCCCCUCUGAUGGAUGACACCAAAGUGGACGAUGACAUCAUUAUCACAUCACCGAACAAAACCCGUACAACAGAGGACCUGUUUGCCAUGAUACACAGAUCAAAAAGAAAGGUCCUGGGCCGUAAAGAUUCAGGGGACUUAAACGCAAAAUCUCGUCUCUGCGCUGCAGUACCAGUGACUCCUGUGUCCGCCGUCAUUAUCCCACCAGCCCCCCCUCUCAACAUCCCAGCCCCCAUAGUCCCUGCUGCUGCGACACAACGAGCUCCUGUGCCAAUCUACCGCAGCGCCAAGAAAUCCAGCACGUCGAACGAGGAGUUUAAGCUCCUGUUGCUGAAGAAAGGUAGCAGGUCUGAUUCCAGCUACCGCAUGUCAGCCACAGAGAUUCUGAAGAGCCCCAUUGCCCCUAAAACCCCUGGGGAUCCCCUUCAGGAAGGGGCCAUUAGACAGGCUGAGGAGCUACCAUUUACACUCCAAGAGCCCCACAUUUCUGGCUUUGACCCAAUCCAGAUACCGGGCCUUUUUCCCAGAGCCAACUCUGAGAGUUUCAGCGCCAAAACCAUGCCUAUGUCUGCUGCCUCUCGACAGGGACGUUCUCGGAUCCCCCCUGUAGCUAACAGCAGUCGCUAUAGUACAAGGAGCCGCCUCUACACGGCCCCCAUGCAAGCCAUUUCUGAAGGGGAGACAGAGAACUCGGAUGGGAGCCCCCAUGAUGAUAGAUCGUCCUAAAACUACCCGAUUGGUGUGUCAUCAUGGCAAAUAGUGUAAUUGUUUUGACACACAAAAUCAGACUGUUAUUAAAAUGCACCCGGUUUUGGAUCUACUGUUGUCGAACAGUGUCACCAAGGAUAUACUUAUAUAAUACUGUACUAUCAAAUGAGUAUCUCCCACAUAGUUCAAAGAGACAGACUUGAGACCUAUUUUAAUUGAACUGUUUAAAAAAAUGUAGGAAAAAAAGAUGUCCCAAAUAUUUGGUAAAAUAUAAGAAAAUCAAUUUUGUGCAGUAUGGACAACGUGUGUGUGCAUGAACGAGCACAUGCAGCAUCCACUGAUAUUUCUAAUUCCUGUGUUUUGACCGGCGUGGGUGUGAGUGUGUUGCCGCGGAACUGCUUUCUUUUUUAAAUGAAAAAUUUAUUGCGAAAUUGAAUAUCAUUGUGGUGCCGAAAUGAAUGGUCAGACUUUCCAGAGUCCAUCCUCAAUAUUCCUGCCAACCAGCAAGGUUUGUUUCCUUGUGGAAGUUACUAGCAACAGAGCACCAACCAAUCUAUUAUAUUUCCAUCUGCAGACCUGGCAUAGAGUAUAUCAUACAGAGCCAACCAUAUAUUUCUUCACGUUAAUUAUAUCCAAAAAGAUGACAUGAUGCAUGUAUUUUUGUAAAACUGCGCCUCAGAACAUGAUGAUAAAGUUUCACCAUGUUGCAUGACCCUAUAUGGAAACAUCCCCUGGAUCCUGGCUUCUGUCCACAUUUCUGUGUUUCCUUUGUAUUAUAAGCAUAAUUAAUCUUUCACUGUGAAAGGUUUUAGAGACAUUUGUAUUUCAUUGCCAGUGAUCUAGAUUGAUUUGUCUUGGAUUUGAGUGUCUAACAAGAAGGAAAAAGGGCUUGCACCUAGAUGGAGCCAAUUGGUCAGAUAGAUACAGGCUCAUUUUGGACAAUCGCACAGUGGCCUUUCUGUACUAGUUGUGAGCAGGGCAUUUAUAAGUCCCUGCACAUGUACGUGGGCACACGCCAUGUUCCACCGUGAUUCAAUCACAUACUUACUUAAACCCAACCUUGAAAUCAAGUAUGUUUAGACUGAUUAAAGCUUUUCCAGCUGCUGGCCAGUGUUGCUGUGCUGACUUGAAGGGGGAAGAUGUGCAUUUCAAAGCAGUUUCAAAGACACCAUUGAGUGCAGACGGUGAAAAUGCUUUAGAUGGUCCUCAAUCGGGUUUGACAAGAGGUUCAGUUGGACACUUCUCCAAGAACCAACCUCGCUUUUGCACUUCAUGACUCUUCAAGAAUAUUCCUUGAAAAAAAGAUAUAUCUUAUAAAUGAAAUUGCAUAUGUAUAUUUGUACUGGAUAUAAAAAAGUCAUAUCUAUAUAAAAACAACGUGACGGAAUUUUAUAGGGAAUUAACCUGAGUGUAGCAUAGAAGAACAGGUCUCACUGACAACAUCAAACAUGAAUCUCAACAUUGCACACUUUUCUCCUCUCCUUGUUGCCUCACCUUCAUUUGCACUGACCCAGUAGCAUUAGACAGGUGAAAAAGCUCAACCCAGUGGCUGGGCUGGUGUACACCAGUUUGUCUCACCCUCCCAGCUUCAUAUCACUUACUGUGAAAAAGAGGAGACAAGAGGAGGAAAAGACCACCAACAUGUCAAAGCCAGCAAUGCAUCCAUUGCAUUGCUGCUACCUUUUCCCUCCAACACCAGGGUUCGAUUACAUAAAUCUUUCCCGUCCAUCCAAUAAAUGUAUCACAUUUUAAACAUCCAGCUGUGUGACGGAAGCAAACUGUCAUCUGAGGAAAGUUUCAACUCUCAUCUGUUUAUCAAAGCAAACACAUUACUGCUUACAUUCAGAGGCCGUACUUCAGUAGAAAACAUUGACUGUAUUCUGUGAAUACCUCAGCAAGCAUAUUACUGUUUUAUUGUAAAUGCUGCAGAUAUAGAUAGAAAGAGAUAGAUAGAUCAAUAAAUAGACAGAUAUGUUGAUUGAUAGCUCGAUAGAUAGAAAACAAAACCACAACUAUUUGAUACUCAGCGAAACUGAAUUGCAGAACUGACACUGUGUAAGAUGGAGAGGGUAAAAAGCUGUGAAACAAUUACUAGCAUUUUACAUCUUCAUACCCUUACUGCUGAAGCGCACUUGUUUCUGUUCAUUGUUUUAUUUGUUGUGUUUUCUAUCGCAUGCAAUAAGUGAAGAAAAAAAAGAAGAAGAAGAAGAAAAGAAAAAGGACCCCACCAUAUCAUUAUUUUUAUCUGAGGGAUGUCUCCAUACCACGAGAAAAGAUUUUGUAUUUUCCGUUCAAAUGUUGAAGUUCAAUAGUGUGUUCUCUAGAUGUACAAACUGUCUGGCUAAUUCUGUUCUGUAUAGUUGUGAUCACAAACAGGGGUUUAUCUUGUACUGUAUAUCUACUCACUGGACAAUCAUAGGUAUAAGAGACUGUAAAGACAAUAAUGAUACAGAAUCUGUCGGGAUGGAGAAUCUGAACACUCUGUGCUGGCUUCUAGUCUUGCAGGAAGUUUGGAGUGAGAGAAAUAUCUUCCAGGAGAAACUGCUGAUUUAGUUAUAAGGUGCAUCUGAACAAACCACUUUAGAAAACAAGAUGUACAGGUAAAAAGAAACUAUCCAUUCAUAGCCCCAAAAACGAGUUUGAUCCAAUCAGGAAGUCAUUGUCUUUGUCUUUUUUGACUCAUAGCUGAAUAUUUGAUUGCCGCAAAACAUCCUAACCGAAUAAUUAUAAUAAAGGAAUGAGUAUGUUUGAUACAGUAUUUUAUGACAAAUGCAAUAUGGCUGGGAAAUGAAAUCAGAAGUUUAAAAACUAAAUUAGCCUGCUUGUUUAGCGAGGUUUUUACGCCCGGUACUCAUGCUAAGUAUUUUAAGACUUUCCUAUAUUUUUAAAAGCAAUGGAGAGCGAAUGUAUUGACACAAUUUGGUUAGAAAGAUAAACUAAGAGGAUGCCACGCACUCGCAUUAAUAUUCGUUCACCGUCUCAAACCUCAGUCCUCAAUAGCUUGGGAACAAUACGAGAAUCCAUAAAUUGUAUAGAUUCUUAGUCCCAUCUUGUUUUCAAACGUCUGCUUGCAAAUUUGCCCUGAAAGAGAAGUGUGACAACAACCACUUGGUGUUUUUUCUCAAAAGUGUACAGUAUGGAAUAUCACUAAACAGACUUCAAAAUAUGUGACAAAGAACUGAAAAAAUGACAUAGUGUAACUAUAUCUAUUUAAAAGAGGCUCCAUGUUUAAAACUAGCUAGGACUUAACAGAUCUGAAUCACUUUUGUAUUUUUGUAUAAACCUGUAAAUACGUUUUUAAAGAUAAAAAAUGUUUCCAAUUUUUUCUUUUGUAAAAUAAAUCAACAAAAUAACAAAAAGUAAAAGGUUUUUUUUUCAAAGUUUACAUGAUUAUUUCCAAGCCUUUGUAUAUUUUGGAGCUACAGCAGCUUCAGUCUUGUAUUUAUUUUUAUUUUUUUGAGGGGGGGUUACAACAUUGUGAAAAUUCCAUGAUUCUAUAUCUAAUUCAUUUUAACAGCUCAUCAGGCUGCUUAGUAACUGUGCAUAGAAAAAAAGCCAAUAAAUGUGAUUGCGUUGAAACAGAA